UUUUGGCUCAUUUUGCUAAUCUUCUCUAACAUAACAUAAUCACCUAUAGUUUUCAACAUCAUUACAUGUAUUGUAAGUUUAAAAUGUUACUUAAGGUAUACUGUACUGUAUGGUUUAAAGAGCUAAAUAAGAUGCCAUGUUCUAGUGAACUGCAAAACACAUGUUUUAUUUUUUUCCAGAGAUAUCACAGGAGUCACAGCAAUGUCUGGAGUGGAGGAAGUAAGGUCUACCACUUCAGAAGAAGAUGAUAUCCCUGUGGAAGAUAUUCCACCAAUAUAUACAAGCAGGCGAAGAAAGGUAGAAGAGAAGAAACUAUCUAGGUCAUUUCUUGACCCAUUUGAGAUAACCCUGGAUUGUACAUGUGAAGCCCAGGAAGAAGAGAUUGAUGAAGGUGAUGAUGAAGAUGACCCACUAUAUGAGCCAAGCUUUGUCAUAGAGCAAAUUUUACCUAAGGAAGUACAAGAUUAUGAAGAUGUUGCAUAUGAGGAGGCUGAGUUUGGACUAGAAAGAGAGGAAGAUCAGGCGAGUGACAUUUCCAAUUCCACUAAGACUGAAAAAAAGAACAACAAACUGUCUAAAAUUACAUGUACUAUAAAACAAUUCAUGUACACUUUUGAUAAAUCCGUUCUGUAAGAUGCUGAAAAUCUA